CCUGCCCCUGCCCGGCUCCCUCCUCGGUGCCCUGGGGCUGGGGGGCGGGGGUGGGUGGGAGGGGGGUUGGGCGGGGCAGCCCCGGACGCCUGGGUCUCUGCCCCUCCCAUUUGCUGGGCUUCCGUGGCUCCAUCCCCAGGAGGCUGGGCAAGGCUGGCAGAAGAGGGGAAGGCUUCAGAGAUGGGAGAACCUCACCAGGCAGAGAAGAGAAAAAGAGCAUUGGAGCAGAGCAAAAGGAACAGUGGAAACAAAGGACUGGAGGCAUGAAAGCGAGUGUCAGAUUCGAGGCGUUCUACGUUCUGCGCUGGGACUGGCUGGAGAGUUUUCCGUGGAGGGCAUCCCUGGGCAGGCCUUGAAGGGGAGGGCUGGCUGGGGAGGUCUGAGCUCCAAGCAGGAUCAGCAAAGGCUCAGCCAAGUCUUAGAUUUUUAAUCCUGCCCCCACCCCUGCCUCUUUUAGUCCGCCCCUCCUACUUCACCCCUGCCUUUCCUUUUACCCAGCCCCCAGCCUGGCCACUCCUGCAGCUAAAUGGACUUCUCUCUCGGCCUACGCUUGGGACCUCGGAACAAGAAACCCACUCACCAACAGCCCCCUCAACCCUCCGGGCACGGCCCACCAGCAGCAGCCUCUCCUUGCCUGUCCUGUCCCCCUUCUGCCUGUUUUUGCCCCUGCCCUAGCUGUCCUCUACCCACUUGCUCCUGCACCACCUAUCCCUCCUAUGCAGCCCCCUGCCCCUCCUGUCCCAGCCUCCCUGGCCCACCCUGUACUUGCUCCUGCCCUCCCUGCCCUGCCUGCCCUCCCUUGAAUUGUCCACACAGCUCCUGCAGCCUGUGCACUGGUCCGCACUUGACCUGCGGCCACGGCUCACCUUGCCCAAAUUACCCUUGCUCCAAAGGCCAAGCUGCCUGUCCCAGCUCCUGCCUGGGCUGCAGUGACAACUGUGGCUGUGGCCGAGGGGCUCCUCCAGGCUGCACUGGCCGCUGUUUCAGGGGACAACGCACCUCUCAGAGGCACUGUCUGAUAGUCUAGCUGGGCUGUUGCCCCCCUUGAGAGAUUGUCAGGCUCCUGGAGCCCUUUGGCCAACUGCUUCCUCUGGGGGGAGGCAGAAGUUCUGGAGUGAGGAUAGGGAUCAGCUAAACACCUUCACCCAGGCAGGUAGAGGCAGAAGGCUGCUCAGAGUCCCAGCCUCCCCCGCUCAGUACCUGAGAGCGGUGCAUCCGCUUUGAUGUUAGUUUCUGGGCAUGCUCCCCUGGUUCCAGAACAUCCUCUUCUGCCACUUCUGGAAUGGAAAUCGUGCUUCCCAGAGCCUCCGUCGUGGCCGCUGAAGGGUAGCCAAAUAGUUCCAAGUGGUGGAGAAAACUUCUCAUUUACUGAAGAAUUCCAGCUAAUAUAAAAGAAAUAUGGAAUUAGAAAAAUCAUUUUGCAACCCUUAAUGAAAUAAUGGAUCAAAGUAAGAAUUAUGAAUGGAUGAAACCAAAGAUGACGGUUGAUGGGGAACUUUAUAAUGGAAGAAUCAAUCUGUCACCACCUGACCCCACUGAUAGGUCUUACCAUCACUAAAAGGGGCACAACCACCCACCGUCUACCUCCUGAUGUGAUGUAAUCUGAAGUCCUCAGCACCACCCGUGAAAGACUUGCCAAACAAAGGAACAAACACACA